AUGGAUAAGUGGUUAAUAAAAAAAUCAGUUAAAGAUGUAGAUCAACCUUACAAUUCUAGUUCUACUUCUGUCUUAAAAGUUGAUUCAAAUAAUGAUGAUUGUAAAAAGCAAGUUGAACAUAGUAAAUCGAGGACAUUUCAGGAAAAAUGGAUACAAUUAUAUCCAUGGUUGUUAUAUGAUCCCGUGAAAGAAAAAGCAUUCUGUUCAAUUUGUAAAACUGCUAAUAUAAACAAAAUUAAUCUUCCUGUUUUUUCUGUCACUGAUCAAAAUUCUAAAAACGCAUUUGUAGUUGAAGGAUUUUCUGGAUGGAAUAAAGCACUACAAAGGUUCAAAUCUCACGAAGCUGGUAAUUUUCAUCGAGCUUCAAUUUCAUCGGUUGGGGCACAAAAGAAAGGAACUAACAUAUGUUCUUCUUUGAGUGUUUCAAAAACUAAAGAAAUGAAAGAAGCUAGAUCUGCUCUUCUAAAAAUUAUUUCAUCUCUUCUAUAUUUAUCGAGACAAGGUUUAGCGAUUCGUGGCCACGUUGAUAUAAACUCGAACAUACAACAAUUACUUAUUUUACGUGCAGAAGACGUUCCCGAAUUAAAAAGUUGGCUUUUAAGAACCAAAUAUAAAUGGUUAUCUCAUGAUAUUCAAAAUGAAAUAUUAUCUCUUUUAUCUAAAGAAGUUCAAUUCAAUCUUAUUUCUGAAAUAAAAAAUGCAUUUUGUUAUUCAUUAAUAUUGGACGAAACACGAGAUAUUUCCAAUAGAGAACAAGUAUCUGUGUGCUUUCGCAUCGUAGACAAUAAUUUAAAUAUAUCAGAACAUUUCUUAGGAUUUUUUGAAACUCCUUUUACUGACGCACAGACGUUAUUUAAUUUGGUAAUAAAUGUUUUAUCACAAUUUGACAUUAAUAUUUCCAAAUUUCGUGGACAAUGCUAUGACGGAGCAUCUAAUGUUAGUGGACAUAUCAGUGGUUUACAAAAAAGAAUAAUCGACGUCGAACCUAGAGCCAUUUUUGUACAUUGUACUGCCCAUACCUUAAAUCUUGUAGUGCAAGAUACAAUGCAGAAUAUUAAUAAAAUUCGAGAUUUUUUAGCGAUUUUACGUUCAAUGAUAUCAUUUGUCAAAGAUUCACCUAAACGACAGGCAAUAUUUAAUAAUUUACAAGCUGAACAAAGUAUAAUUGGUCCUUCAAAUAAUGUUUCGUUGAGGCCUUUUUGUCCUACAAGAUGGUGCGUUAGAAUUGUUUCAUUAAAAUCAAUAGAUUCAAAUUAUAAUUUACUUCGUACAUUUCUUGAUGAGCUGGCUAUGGAAAAAAAUGAAAUAGGCGCUAAGAGAAUAGAAGUUUUAAAUUCAGAACUGCAAAAAAAAUCUUUGCAUUUUCAAGAUGCAAGAUUAAAAAUUCGAGCUAUCAUAAUGUCUAUAGAAGAAAUACGAAAAUCCGGUUUUGACCAAUUAUGUGAAGCUAUAAUUAAUAAAUCUGAAGAGCUAGGAUUAGGUGAAGUCAAGCUACCUAAACAAAGAAAAACACCAAAACGUUUAAUCGAAGGGGGGCAAGAACAUUACUUUAUGACGGCUAAAGAGCAAUAUAAAGCAUUAUUUUUUGAAUGUGUUGAUAUGACAAUAUCUGCUCUGCAUAACAGAUUUCAAAAUGACGUCAUUGAACGUCUUGCUAAAGUGGAAAACUUUAUAGUAGAUCAUAAAAAAAUUAAUUCAUCUGUUAUAGUUGAAUACUAUGGCUCUGAUUUCGACGGGACAAAAUUAGAACUACAUCGAAAUAUUAUGUUAGAUGUUGCUAAAGCAAAAAAUUUUAAUAUAUCAUCGGUGUCAGACGCAAUUGAUUUUUUGAAAAAAGAGUUAUACUUACAAGAUUUGGUACCAGAAGUAAUUAAAUUAAUUAAAAUCAUGUUAACUGUACCAGUUUCAUCGUGUACAGCUGAGCGUACUUUUUCUGCCCUUCGGCGUUUGAAAACAUAG